GCUCUCUCUCUAUAUAUAAUUAUUCAAACCCGAAAAAGAAGAGGAAAGAUGGCGGGAGGACAGUACUACUUCUACCGGGAGGUGCUUCCCUUCGUGGCGACGGUGAUGGCGGAGUGCACCACCGUGGGGGUGGCCAUUUUCUAUAAGGCCGCCGUUGUAAAGGGUUUGAGCUACCAUGUGUUUAUGGCCUAUUCUUAUGCUAUUUCCGCUCUUGUUACCCUCCCACUUGCCUACUUUUCCCACAGAAAAACAGCGCUUCCACCGCUUACUCUUGGUGUCUUUGGCAGAAUUUUCCUUCUAGGUGUUAUCGGGUUCGUGUCGCAGUCUUGUGGAUAUAAAGGGAUUGAGCUCAGCAAUCCAACCAUGUCUUCUGCAAUGAGCAAUCUCAACCCUGCUACUACCUUUUUCCUUGCCAUUCUCUUCAGGAUGGAGAAGCUAAAAUUGACAAGUGUAAGCAGCCAGGCUAAAAUCGUAGGAACAUUGGUGUCAAUAACAGGUGCAUUAGUGGUGGUGCUCUACCAGGGCCCUAUGGUGAUAACCACACACCGUCACCGUUCGCCGUUAUCUGAAUUUCUGUCGUCGAUCGUGCUUCGUGCAAUGUCUGAGCAGGCAAAUUGGAUAGUCGGCGGAGGCCUCCUUGCAGCUGCCAAUAUUCUGCUCUCAAUUUGGGAUAUUCUCCAGGCUAAGUUUGUGAAGGACUACCCUGCAGAAUUUAUAUGGGUGUUUUGGUACAAUCUGUCCUCUUUCAUUGUAUCUCUGCCCGUGGGGAUUAUGUCUGAGCCGAAAUUGAGUGCGUGGAUAGUGCCUGUUGAUGUAAAAUUAUCAGCAAUUGUGUACUCAGGAAUCAUGGGAACGGCAUUUAGCACCAUUGUUCAUAUAUGGGGGUUACACGUGAAAGGGCCAGUUUACGUAGCAAUGUUCAAGCCGUUGUCAAUUGCUAUUGCAGCCAUUUUGGGUGUCGUUUCCCUUGGUGAUAAUCUCUAUCUUGGGAGUGUGGUGGGAUCCUCGAUCAUAUCCGUCGGUUUCUACACGGUGAUGUGGGGGAAAAUCAAAGAAGAGAUAUCCGAUACUCCGGAAUAUUAUAGUGGAGAAGCAUCGAAUUCUAACGGGGAAGCCCCUCUCCUAAAACACUAUGUCGUUUGAGUCCACGAAAAUGCAGCUGUAUAGAGUGGCAUGCACAUUGUAAAUUAUGUAGUAGAUAUCAUAUGCAGAACUGGAUCGGGAAGUCGAUGAAAUAGGAUUAGAUCACAGGUGUUCCCAGUAAGCGCGCUGCUAUUCUUAGGUCUACGAUGUUUGAAUUUGUUGGCAAACAAAACAAAUUCAUAGCAAGAGUAGGUAUGUUUGGAUCAAUCAACUGGAUGGAGUUUGGGAGAAAGUAUGAAGAAAAUGUUUUCGUAACCAUUUGGAUUUCUGAUGGGGUUGAUUUGAUUAUGUUACACUUUUGUUGUAUGCUAGGUGAAACUUUCAGUACCAGAGCAGGGCGGGCGAACAAUAGUGCAAGUAGAUUAUGUAAUAAAAAGUAUAUUGAAUAGGUUACACACAGACAAUGAUAACUUUGAAUCAAGGAACGCCGGGGACAGGACUGAGCAUCGUAGUUCAAACAUGGGGUUUACACGUUAA